UCGUUUGUCAUUUGAAAUUAAUUUAAUUUAAUAUGACGUUGGGCUCCGCAUUCUAAAAAUAAAUCAUAAAAAAUGCAAUUUUUGUCUUGUAGUACUGAAUAUUGAUUUGAUUUGGAAAUGCACAAAUGAGGAGGUCGAAUAUAAAAUAUAAUUUAUCCAAAGUUGAAAUAUUUCAAUUCAUUCUCAUAAACAUAACACUUUCUUUCAUUUUUAUUAAAUAGGUUAUUUAUUUACAAUUCAAAGCUAAUUUGAACUUUGCUGAUGGUGAAAGGUGAUUUAAUCAAUUAAGUAGUGCAAAUCCUUCAGAGGACUGUUUUAUUACUCAUCAUAUUUAAGUUCAGCCGUACAGUUGUGCACCAGCUAAUCUUCCAGUCCAGCAAGAUCGAAGUUUAAUCAGUGAACUGGGUUUUCCUUCAAUUGAUAUUCAUAUUCCUGUGUUCAAAAAACAUAUGUACUCUUGGUAUCGUACCUACUAUCAAUCAUAAGAUAAGAUCCUAUUAUCUUUAUUUUAUUUAAAUCUCGGGAAAUGGCUAAUAAUCACACAAAUUAUAAAACAGUAUAUGCUUUUGCUAGAGAAAUGCACCCAAAGACAGAAAAAUUCGAUGUUCAAUAUGGAACAGCAGGAUUCAGAGCAAAAGCAAACACUCUGGGAUAUGUUAUGUAUAGAAUGGGUUUGCUAGCUGUACUUCGAGCAAGAUACAAGAAGGCAUGUAUUGGAGCUAUGAUUACUGCUUCCCACAAUCCAGAACCAGAUAAUGGUGUUAAAUUAAUAGAUCCCUGCGGGGAAAUGUUGGAACAAAGCUGGGAGGCAUGGGCAACUAAAUUUGCGAAUGUAGCUGAUGAUCGGCUUGAGGAAUUGAUCACUGAAAUAGUGUCAGAAUUAGGAAUUGAAAUGACCCAAAGGGUUGAAAUUUUGGUUGGCAAGGAUACUCGUCCAAGUAGUCCAAGUCUAGCAAAGGCAUUGUGUGAUGGUAUUUUAGCAUUAUCAGGAAAACCUAUAGAUUAUGGCAUAGUAACAACACCACAACUCCACUAUUUUGUGUACUGUAGGAAUACGCAUCAUCAAUAUGGGACUCCAACUGAAGAAGGCUAUUAUACUAAAUUAUGCAGUGCUUUCAAAAAAAUUAGAGGGAACACUUUCAACUUCAAUAAUUAUAAGAACAAAUUAUUAUAUGAUGGAGCAAAUGGGGUUGGUGCUAAAAAGAUCAAGUACUUUCAGGAGUGUCUUGGUGAAACAUUGAAAAUUGAUAGGUACAAUGAUGAAUUGAUUGGAACUGGAAAACUUAACUAUCUGUGUGGUGCUGAUUAUGUGAAAACCAAACAAACAUUUCCAAAUGGGGUUCCAAAAGAAGUUGGUCAGAGAUGUUGCUCAGUUGAUGGUGAUGCAGACAGAUUAAUGUAUUAUUACUUGGAUGAAAAUGAAAAAUUCCAUUUGUUAGAUGGAGACCGAAUAGCCAUUCUCAUAGCAGAAUAUUUGAAAGAUCUAGUACAAAACAUUGGUUUCAGUGUAAAUUUGGGUAUAGUUCAAACAGCAUAUGCAAAUGGGGCUUCAACAGACUAUAUUACCAACACACUGAAAAUACCAGUCUCUUUUGUUUGCACAGGUGUAAAAUAUUUGCAUCAUGAAGCUCAGAAAUAUGAUAUUGGUGUAUAUUUCGAAGCAAAUGGUCAUGGUACAGUAGUAUUUAAAAAGGAAUUCAAGGAAAAAAUUCAUUCAUCUCUAAGUUCUCCUGAUGUAUCAAAUGAAGCAAAAAGUAAAAUUGAAAAGAUAAAAACCGUUAUUGAUCUCAUCAACGAAACUGUUGGUGACGCCCUAUCAGAUUUACUCCUAGUUGAAACUAUUUUACAUUCUAAAGGCUGGAGUAUUCAAGAUUGGGAAAAGUGCUAUGAUGAUUUACCCAAUUGUCUCAUGAAAGUUUCUGUCAAGGAUCGCAAUAAGAUAACUACCACUAAUGCCGAGAGGACUUGUGUUAAGCCUGAAGGAUUACAACAGGAAAUUGAUAAUAUUGUGAAAAAAUAUAAGGCUGGUAGAUCAUUUGUACGACCUUCUGGUACAGAAGACUUGAUUAGAGUAUAUGCAGAAGCUGCAAUCAAGGAGGAAGCAGAUCAGCUUGCUUUGGAUGUUGCAUUGAAGGUGUAUGAAAUGGCUGAGGGAAUUGGACCUAAACCAACACUUUAAUUUUGUUCAAAUGUAGAACCUUUUUUGAAGAACUCCUUUCAUUCUUAGUCCUUUAGAAAGCUUAAAAAUGUUUUCAAUAUAUUUGAAGGUGCCAUUUUAAUAAUGCAGAAUACUAUUUUCUUUAAGCUAUUGUUAACCUAAUAUUGAAAAAAAAUUCCCUUUUUUGUACGAAAAUAGUUUAGGAGUUUUUUAUGUGUAAAAACUACACAUCACUAUCAAUUAUUAUUAAUCCUACUGAAGUGGCUUAAAAUUAUUAGUUUUUAUAUAUAAUCAAGGGUACUCUCAAAAUCUCAAUUAUUUUCAUAUUUUAAAAUCUUCCUAAUUCUUAACGGUAAGAAGAGGAAAGAUAUCCUCAGUCCUACAUUCAAUGCAAUUUUCAUCCAUUGAGUAAGAAAUCGGUUUUCAAGUCAAAAUAAUAGAUGUGAUAGUCAUUUUUUUUAC